UGACUUUGACGUUUUACAAUUGUCAAAAUCGAUUUUUCAAAUCCAAAACAUUACCAAAAAAUCACACUUUUUAACAAUUUUCAGCGUAAAAGUGUUAAUAUUUCAAUUAAAAUGAGUGAUAGCAGCAGUGACGAGUGUGACACCCAACACGUUUUAUAUAAAAACCGGCCGGAAUGGAAGGACGUCACUCCUUUGCCCCAAGACGACGGUGAACACCCAGUCGUCGCAAUCGAUUAUUCAGAGGAAUUCCAAGACUGUUUUGACUACUUUCGGGCCAUAGUACAAAAAAAAGAAUAUUCUGAUAGAGCCUUAGAACUAACGAAAACUGCCUCCAGCUUUAACCCCGCUAACUAUACAGUCUGGCAAUACCGUCGAGAGACCCUUAAAUCCUUAGGGAAAGAUCUACAAGAAGAACUCGACUACAUUGGCAAAGUAAUUCUAAAACAAACUAAAAACUAUCAAGUUUGGCAUCACAGAAAGAUUUUGGUGGAAUGGUUGCAGGAUCCUUCAAAAGAGAAAUUUUUAACUGAGAAAGCUUUGAGCAAAGACGCUAAGAACUACCAUGCUUGGCAACAUAGACAGUGGGUCAUAAAAACAUUCAAUUUAUUUGAUGGGGAACUUGAUUAUGUUGAUCAACUGUUAAAAGAUGAUGUUAAAAAUAAUUCAGCAUGGAACCAAAGGUAUUUUGUAGUGAAUAACACUACAGGAUUCACAGAAAAUGCUCUUGACAAUGAAAUUGAUUACACUUUAGGCAAAAUCCAGUUGUUGGUUGAUAAUGAAAGUGCUUGGAACUACUUAAGAGGUCUUCUUCUGCAUGACAAAGGAGGCCUGAGUCGUAAUAAAAAAGUCACAGAAUUUUGUGAAUCUCUUUAUAAAAGUGGGAAUAGAUCUCCAUUUUUGUUGGCUUUGAUUGUGGAUAUGUGUUGCGAGAGAGCUGGAGAGAGUGGUGGAGGGGAUUCGGAUAAUAUUUACACUGUUGAAAGAGCUAAGGAAUUGUGUAACAGUUUAGCAACAGAGUAUGACACAAUUAGGGCAAAAUAUUGGCUUCAUGUGGCAGAAACUAUAGGAAAUCCUGAUGCUGAAGAGUCAUCGUCAAGCACAAAUUGAAUUGCAGUGUCAUAUUCUAUAUUUUUUUACCUUAAAAGACUUAAUUUGUCCAAAAAUCAAGUGAUAUUUAGUUAAUUUUGUUACUGUUUUAAAUACAAUUUGGAGUGUGGGGUGUGCUGUUGUUGCAUUUAUUUUCAAAAAAAAAAAGUUACACUUAGAUUUAUACUGUUGUUUUUACAGUUUUUUUUUGCUUUUUCUUUAAGUGAAAAGUUUCUUUAGCAAAAUAAAGUGGCUGUAAUCAAGAA